CGUAAAACAGAGGAAACAGAGACGAAGAGGGAAAACAACUCUUCAAAUUCCGAUGCUUUAGGGUUUUUCAACUUUUAAUAUUAAAUUUUCAGAACAAUUUUCGAACUUGCAUAUUGUGCUAUACGAUUCGUUAGGGUUUCACCACAGAAAGUAACCUUCUGAAUACAUUGAAUUUGCCAUGGCUCUAUUUAACCGGGAAAGAAACUCAGAAAAUACGUAUUUUCCCUGAUUUUUGCUUGGUUUCGAAUUUUCCCGGGAAAGUUACAGAGAAAGUUGAAGUAGUUGAUUCAAGGGAUGAUGGAACGUGAAUUGGCCGGUAGCAGUAGCCGUGGAAGAGAUAGAAUGGAGCAGCCGCAAGCCGUGGCUGACCGUAGAGCUCUCCGAUCACGCUAUUUUACUGUGAAGACCCUCAUUCACGAUGAAAGAGAUGACAUUACAAAAGUGGAUUCCGACAAGUUUAAUUCGAUCAUUAAUGAAGUGGAUAGCUUGCAUGAGAUGGUACAAAAUCCAAGAGAGCAAGUUGCUGAUGCAGAGGCGCUUUUGGACAUUGCAAACACCUUGAUGACCUCUGUGAAGGCGCAGAACAAGGAAGGAAUCACAGCUACAGAUUUUGUCUCCUGUAUUCUUAGAGACUUUGGGCAACAAAGUGGGCUGAGAAGUAACAGAGAAGGGGUUAGCUGCUCAAUAUCUUGGAAGGAUAUUGGGACUGAAGUCUCAAAUGUUUUCCAGAGAAGCCCCCAAUGCUGCACUAUGAUUGGGCCUAUGAAUGCUGAAGUAAAGCAACGGAAGGCUCAUGUUCAUACGAAACGUGUGAAGCCUACAGAAAAUGAUACCCCAGAAGAGCUUGAUAAUGUUGCUGUAGAAGAGGAACCUGAGACGGUUAAGAAUGUGGCAGCAAUGUUUAAUAUCUUGAGGAAAAACAGAAGAGCCAGGCUUGAAAAUCUAGUCCUGAAUGGGAAUUCUUUUGCGCAGACGGUGGAAAAUUUAUUUGCCCUCUCAUUUCUGGUUAAAGAUGGGCGGGCUGAAAUAAAAAUUAAUGAAGAAGGCCAUCAUCUAGUUUCUCCAAGGAAUGCUCCUGCUGCCAAAGCAAUUGCCUCAGGGGAGGUUGCUUACUGCCAUUUCGUGUUCAGAUUUGAUUUCAAGGACUGGAAGUUGAUGAAAGAGUCUGUUGGGGAUGGAGAGCAGCUGAUGCCACACCGGCGUCAAGAAAACAUAUCAAGCAAUUCUCAAUUUGAUCCGCAAUGUGUAGAAUCUGAAGCAACCACAGCUAAAACACCAAUUAGGAAGUUAUCCAGAAACAGAGGCUUGGUUUUACAGCUGCGGCCAGUUGGGGGAUGCGGCACGGCUCAUAGUAAUCAAUCAGUUGUAGAAGACUCGCCGGUAUGUGAUUACUCUGAAGAUAGAACUGCUGCCAUCCGAAAAGGGAAGCGUAAACUGAUGUGAAGUAUUUACUAAGGGAGGGAUGAAGUAUGCAAAUUUUGGGGACAUUUAGGACUUCUGCUUUUUAAGUAUACCAACUAGCAGUCAUUUAGCUCUCUGUAUGUCAGAUGCAUUGCUUGGGUUUCACACAUAGGACCAUGCCUUCACCUUCCACCUCUUGGCCCUUUUGGCUAUUUGAUACUGGAAGUGGAAGGUUCUUGUAUCGUAUACUUUCUUUUGAGAGAACCUUUUAGUUUUAUACACAUAUUUUAAUUUUUUAGGUGAAAAUUUCAUCAUUCAUAGAUGGCCCGGUUAGAAAAUGAUUUCUAGCAGCAAUAUUAUAUAUGUUGGUCCUAACCUCAUUUGAAUAAUUUUACAAUUUGAUAAACAAAAUGUUAAUAAAAAGUCUUGGUGGAAAUUUCAUUGCACCC